UCGUAUCACUCCAAUUAAAUUACAACCUAGUCUGUUAGGAUAAAAUUUGAAUCUCCGUUUUUUUCUGUUGUACGAAAUUUUUUUAUUUCCUGGUUUCCAUAUUUGACUUUUUAAUUUAUUCAUUUCAGUAUUUUUAUAAAAAAAUUUAUUGACGUUAAAAACAGUGACUGUUGAAACUGAUCUAGCUAUGCGAGUUGGCGAACUUAAUUUGGAAAAACGAGUGGAUGGGGUAGCGGAGAAAAUGGACAAGAAACUUUCUACUGACUCUAUGAAUGGCGAAAGUUUGGAGAAGCGUGUUCGUCAGUUGCGUGGUCCGAUUGUUAUUGAGCGUGCUCAACAUGGAAUUGUUAAAUGGUUUAGUGUAGCCAAAGGUUUGAUUUCUAUUGGAUAAGCUUCGAGAAUAGAAACGGGGUGGGGUAGGCCAGAACAUUGCUUGUGUUGAGCUUAGAGUUUGGUCCUUGGUUCUGAACAUGUUGAGUGUUUCCUUGACUCCAUUCUUGUGAACUGACUCAUCCCAGAAAUCUAGUUCCGAUUUGGAUUUUAAAAACCAUUUACGCAUUUUCAAUGAAAUCGGGGUCUGUUCUUCCGGGAAGCCUAUUUUCUGAAUUCUAUUUGAAAAUCUUUUCCGUGUAUCAAGC